UCUGUGGCAUGUAGUGUUAGACGCGAGCUCGAGUUGACUUUCACUUUGACGAAAAAGGUCCUCGGAAGAAAAGAUAAAUCUCACGGAAUGUCAUGACACUGUGUCUGCGUUACAUCAGUAGGAGGUUGCCAGGCAUCGCUAAGGAGCCGUUGUUUUCUGUAAAACGAAACUGGAUUAGGAUACUGACAGCAAACAUGUCCUCUGAAACAGCAUCAGCUCCAGCGACUUCAGAAAAACCUAAAAUAGGUGUCAUUCAACUCACCUGUACUGCUGACAAGCAGAGUAACUUUGAUAGCUGUAAACAAUUCGUACACCAGGCCAAGGAUAAGGGUGUACAGAUGGUGUUUUUACCGGAAGCUGCAGACUAUAUUGGGGAGUCAAAACAGAAAAGUAUGGAAAUGGCAGAGAGCUUGGAAGGGGAGACAAUCAAUAAUUUCAGAAAACUUGCUCAGCAAACAGGUCUCUGGAUUUCCAUUGGAGGAUUUCACCAACAGGGGCAUGAGAGUGAUAGUACCCGUGUCCUUAACACUCACGUUGUCAUUGACAACCAGGGGGACAUCAAGGCAACCUAUAGCAAAGUUCAUCUAUUUGACCUUGACCUUGGUGACCUUAGGCUUUGUGAAAGUGACUACACCAUUCCUGGAAAUGGAAUUACCUCCCCUGUUUCCAGCCCUGUUGGAAAUAUUGGCUUAGGAAUUUGUUACGAUCUGAGGUUUCCAGAAAUGUCCAUAGCCCUUACACAACAGGGAGCUGACAUCCUGACUUAUCCUUCAGCCUUCACAGUGACUACAGGGCGUGCUCACUGGGAGGUGUUGCUGCGUAGCCGAGCUGUAGAGAACCAAUGUUAUGUUGUGGCUGCAGCACAAACAGGCAAACACAAUGACAAACGUGCCUCCUAUGGUCAUACCAUGGUUGUAGAUCCAUGGGGAAAAAUUGUGGCGGAAUGUGAUGAGGGCCCUGGACUCUGUGUCGCAGAGGUCGAUCUGUCUUUCCUCCGUAAGGUUCGUCGAGACAUGCCUGUCUGGAGCCAUCGUCGACAUGACAUUUAUGGACACAUAAAUGUUAACAAACUCCAUCCUGUAGAUACCACACAAGUUUACGAUUUCGGCGGUCAUCCCAUCCCUGCUUCCUGUGUUUUCCAUCGCUCUACCUCCUGUUUUUGCUUUGUCAACAUUAAACCGGUCGUUCCUGGUCAUAUACUAGUUUCUACAAUAAGAUGCGUAGAGAGAUUCGGAGAACUGUCUCAGAUGGAGUUAUCGGACUUGUUCUCGACUGUACAGAAGGUGGCCCGUGUGGUGGAGCAGCAUUACAAGGCGUCGUCUCUGACAGUGAGCGUCCAGGACGGGCCAGAAGCCGGACAGACAGUCAAACAUGUUCAUGUGCAUAUAUUGCCAAGAAGAGCUGGAGACUUUGAGCAAAAUGAUGAAAUCUAUUCAAAGCUGCAGAAUCAUGACAAAGACAUGUCGACUGGGAGGCGGAGCGAGGACGACAUGGCCGAGGAAGCCACGCAACUACGGACAUAUUUUACGUAAUGUAGUCAUUAUAUAGAUACACUGUUAAUUUCAUCGGCACAGCAAUUUUCAAAAGUAUCACGCCGAAUUCCAGUAACUGAAAGUUGACUACCUCCGUUACACAGUACAAGAUGGCAACCAUAUGUGUUCCGGGAACAUAAAUGUACUCGUCCAAGCCAGCCACUCUAGUGCGUCACGCCAAUACCAAUGUGGCCUUGCAUUAUAGCCUUCAUACUUACAAAAUGUACUGUUAUGAACUCCUUUGCACUGAUAAAAACAUACAUGUAGUAAUUUGUAUUGUCUCAAAACAAGUGAAAUCAUUUCAUUUUGCCGGGAUUCACAUACAUACUGUAUUCGUUCCGACUCGCACCUUUAGGUGUAUGGGUUAGUCAAGCCAUACUAUUGUAGCGAAUCAGCUUUAUUUCACGCAUGUUUUUAAUAGAAAUUUUGAUAAUAAUAAGAAAUAUUUCAGAAUCCAAACAAUAUUUCAAACGCAAUAAUUAUUGUUAUAACUAAAAAAUACCGGCCGAGACUUUGCCUUAAAUGUUGCCAUGAGUGCCAUAUAAUUAAUCAGAGUUCUCCUUUUUAUAAUCAAUAAAAGUACCAACACUCCUUAGUAUAUCAGACACAUUAAACAGUGAUUUGUGAUUACUAAAAUCAAACACGGUAUUCAUGUAUGAGAGAAGACAAAAGGAAGAGCAUAUUAUAAAGUCAUCACUAAAUUUAGAAAGUGUUAUCUUUAAUGGUCUAGAAGUCUGUCGGUUAAAUUUAGAAAGUGUUAUCUUUAAUGGUCUAGAAGUCUGUCGAUUAAAUUUAGAAAGUGUUAUCUUUAAUGGUCUAGAAGUCUGUCGAUUAAAUUUAGAAAGUGUUAUCUUUAAUGGUCUAGAAGUCUGUCGAUUAAAUUUAGAAAGUGUUAUCUUUAAUGGUCUAGAAGUCUGUCGAUUAAAUUUAGAAAGUGUUAUCUUUAAUGGUCUAGAAGUCUGUCGGAACAGAAUCAACAGCAUACAGGCUUCAAAAAUCUGCAUUGGCCGUUUAUAAAUUGGACAUGACAAGGAUUUGGUCAACAUGUGUGUCAAAAAAUCAACAACGUUUUCAUAAGUGGCGUUUGAUAUUGAAGCACUAAUGUCAAACCUUGAAUACUUAGAACAAAAGAACAAUAUUUCUUACAUUCAGUCGAUAUUAAAACAUUUAAGUGAAGGUACAAAAUCAUAUGUAACUGAAAUAUCAUCGGUGUUUAUUUAUAGAUCAUCAGCUUAUACUUUAGAUAGAUUAAUAUUGUGAAUAAAUUGUACAUAUUGUAGAUCAC